AUGGCAAAUACCUUUAAUCGCGGCGAUGUGGUGGAAACCCCGGUUGGGAACGGAGUAGUGCAGCGCAAGCGCCAGCAUUUUGAGCAAUACGAGGUGCUAUUGGAUGCGCCGGUCAUAGAGAAGUUUUUGCACGAAAGUGAUUACCGCUAUCCAAAUGAUAAAAGCCAGCCUCGCGUCGUUGGCUGGGCUGAAGGCAAUCAAGGGGCUUUUCACCCCAGCCUAUUAAAAAAGGUCGAAGGAGACCUGGGCCAGAUAAUCAGGGAAGUUGACGAAGAAGAAAAAGCACAAGCGAUUAAAGCAUCGGGCCAGGAAUAG